AUGGCCCGGCUGAAUGACUUCGCGGCUCCCUCGGAGUCCGUCGAGGCGUUGAAGCGACGAUUCGUGCGACAAAACCGUGAGAUCGCAAGGGUCAACUCUAUGCAGUCCCUACGCAUCCGCAGUUUAGAAUCCGAGGUGUCGCACCUCCUCGGAGAGAAUGUUUCACUCCGGGAACAGGUCAUCAACCUCACCCAGGAGAUCGAACGGCUAGAGUCAGCCAAAUCGCUCCACGACGGGGUCUACGAGAUCAAAAAUCGCCUGGAAACGAAAAUUGCCGAGCUCAACGGACUUGCAUCAGAGCUGGGAAGGUUACCUCGCAAGGCUGGUAAGCUUGGAGAUAAACCUGGUGCAGAGUCCGAUUACCCAAAAGCGACCGCACUGGAGUCGAGACCUCGAGCGACAGAUUUGGAAUGCAAUGCUGGGCUCGAUGACGGAAAGCUCCCCGCCAUUUUGGAGGAUAAAUAUUAUCCGCGGCGCACAUUGGAACCUCAAGAAAUCCACAAUCUCAUCCAGGCCGAUCGCAGUCUACCCGGAUUACCACAUGAGAUCCAUCUGGAUCACGACGAGUCGGAUAUUGUAGCGGGUAGUUCCAGCCCCGUGUUCCACAAACCCCUAUCAGAGCGUCAGAACGAACCCGAGACCGAGGCCACAGGGCCGGAGCCGUUCCUACCGCCAACGCUCGAGACACGAAAGAAGAAAAAGAAGACCGACUUGGCGGGCCCUAUAACCGAGAGCACGGUUCAGUCAGACAUCCCAAGUCCCAAGAUCGAAACUGCACAAUCUAUGAAAUCCGGAUCGAAGCGCAAAUUUAGCCCUGACAACGACGGUUUCUUGUCCGAUACGGCUCCAGAGGAUGAUGAAUUUCAAUUUAGUCGUCCGAGUCACAGCACUUCAAAACAAUCGGACAUAUUUGAUUUCAUGCGUCAAGAUUUCUCGCCCAGCAAAACACCAGUGAACAUGAAUCGAGGAUCUUCCACCUCCGGGGCCAGCAAACGGAAGGUUCUUGAACCAAAGACCGCAAAUGCCAACCUGGGCUCCCCCAAGAAGGCCGGAGCAACUUUACAUCCCGACAACAAGAUGCGGCCGAAAAUGGGAAGUGAUGAGAAUACGCAGUCUCCCUUGAAGCCCAAAGAGCUCGAGAGCACCAAAAACAAAAGCCUAGGUCAGAGGCCUCGCGUUCGAUCUACUCCAGCGCUACAGAAGCCGAAACGUCCCAGUCGAUCUACCGAAUGUGACGAAGCGGUUCAUAGCCAGCCUGCUCCCAUUGUCCUCAAAGACUCGCCCAUGGCCAGGUCCGGAGAAGUGUUCAUGGAAGUGCCUGAUUUGACUUCAUCCCGGCCCUCACGCCGUCGUGGUGCUGUGGUCAGCUAUGCGGAGCCUAACCUCCGAGACAAGAUGCGUCGCCCGACAAGGGAAAUGGCGGAUGCAGUCACAGCCAACGGGUCUCGCAGAUCGUCCAGUUUCCAGCCUCGUGAGAGUUUAAACAGCGAGGCCGAACAUCCAAGAAAGAGCGGGACCGCUCCUAGCUCUGCUUCAAAUGGAAGUCUUCCUGCAGAUUUGGCUCUGGCGGACCAGGCCACAGAUGUUUUCGUGAAGGGCAAUGCAUCAGAGCAAUUAUUGGGGACCGUAUCCCAUCGGAGACAGUCGCGGCGGCAUUCGUCGAACCCGAAGAGCACCACUCGACACGUAUCCCCGCCUGACGUGGACGUGGCCGGAGAAGCCCCAGCCACGUUCGCGCAGCUGGAUGACGCGGAAGGUGACGAAAGGUGGACCUCCUCUGCAAUGGAUGUAGCGUAUCGGCGUGAAACCCGAGUAGGGGCAAGGAGAAAGAGCAUGAUGGUGUGA